UUAUCGUUUCGCGUUAGCCGGCGAGCGUCAGUUUCACUCACGCCACGGGCCAGAGCACUCGCUCGAUUAACAAACAAAACGACAAAUCAAAUAUUAAGCAGACUUUUUACAUUUACAACAAAAUUAUUUUGUGAAAUAAAAAAACAACAAUUAUACACAAAAAUGAGCGGAAAAGCUGAUAUUGCUCUUAUUGGCCUGGCCGUAAUGGGCCAGAAUCUCAUAUUGAACAUGGACGAGAAGGGUUUUGUGGUCUGCGCCUACAAUCGCACCGUCUCCAAGGUCAAAGAGUUUCUCGAGAACGAGGCCAAAGGCACUAAUGUGAUUGGCGCCGAAUCGUUGGAGGAUAUGGUUUCUAAGCUUCAAAGGCCACGCAAAGUCAUGUUGCUGGUCAAGGCUGGCAGUGCUGUGGAUGACUUCAUUAAGCAACUGGUGCCCCUGCUGACGCCCGGCGAUGUGAUCAUUGAUGGUGGCAACUCUGAAUACCAGGACACUUCCAGGCGCUGCCUGGAACUGGAAAAACUGGGCCUGCUCUACGUCGGCUCCGGUGUAAGCGGUGGUGAGGAGGGUGCCCGUCAUGGUCCCUCUCUUAUGCCCGGUGGCCAUGAGGCCGCCUGGCCCAUUAUCCAGCCCAUCUUCCAGGCCAUCUGCGCCAAGGCCGACGGUGAGCCCUGCUGCGAGUGGGUGGGCGAUGGCGGUGCCGGACACUUUGUCAAGAUGGUGCACAACGGCAUCGAGUACGGUGACAUGCAGUUGAUCUGCGAGGCCUACCACAUCAUGACGGCUCUGGGUCUCUCGGCUGAACAGAUGGCCGAGGAGUUUGGCAAAUGGAAUUCUGCUGAACUGGACUCCUUCCUCAUUGAGAUCACCAGGGACAUUCUGAAGUACAAGGACAACAAGGGGUAUCUGUUGGAGAGGAUUCGCGACACCGCUGGACAGAAGGGAACUGGCAAGUGGACAGCUAUUGCUGCCCUCCAGUACGGUGUUCCGGUGACGCUAAUCGGCGAGGCGGUGUUCUCGCGCUGCCUGUCCGCCCUUAAGGAUGAGCGUGUCCGUGCCAGCACCGUCCUGAAGGGACCCACCGUCAAGCCCAAGGUGGACAAUGUACCCAAGUUCCUGAACGAUAUCAAGCAUGCCCUGUACUGCGCCAAGAUCGUGUCCUACGCCCAGGGAUUCAUGCUGAUGCGCGAGGCGGCCAGCGAGAACAACUGGCGUCUGAACUACGGCGGCAUUGCCCUGAUGUGGCGCGGCGGUUGCAUCAUCCGCAGCGUCUUCCUGGGCAACAUCAAGGAUGCCUACACGUCGCAGCCCCAGCUGACCAACCUGCUGCUGGAUGAGUUCUUCAAGAACGCCAUCGCCCAGGGCCAGGACUCGUGGCGCGAGGUUGUGGCCAAUGCCUUCCGUUGGGGCAUUCCUGUGCCGGCUCUGUCCACCGCGUUGAGCUUCUACGAUGGCUACCGUACCUCCAAGCUGCCCGCCAACCUGCUGCAAGCCCAGCGCGACUACUUUGGUGCCCACACCUACGAGCUGCUCGGCCAGGAGGGCAAAUUCCAUCACACCAACUGGACGGGAACCGGCGGCAAUGUGUCUGCCAGCACCUAUCAGGCAUAGGGCACCUCUGCUCUCCCCGCCUGCUUUAGUAAUUCCCUGCACUCACAUUCCAUGUCAUAAGCUGGUGUCUGUUUUUUUUUUUUUCUGAGUACUUUAGUACUUAUUUAUACCAUUAAUAAUAUAGUAUAUAUAUAUGUA